ACAAAUGGCAACUUUUCAGUUGUUUUCACUAAAAGUGUGCGUGUGCAUCGAGUUUAAUUUCGUAGCUAUGAUCUAUUUUGCUUUCUGCAUUUAACAGAAUAGAUUUUGUAAAUGAUUUCAAAUAUGAAAAUGAUUAAUAAGAUUUCAAUUGCUUUAUUAUUGUUUUUGGGAUAUACCAAAGCUGCUAGUAAUACACCAUUUAAUAGUUUGAUACAUUCCCGUGGGAAUAAUAGUAAUAGCACAUUAAAAUGGCCUGUCAUACAGGAAAUGUUCCAAAAAGCGCUUGAUGAGACACUUUCUAUGUCCACGUUAAUGGAAAUAAACCGAAUGUUAGAAGAACUGCAUCUGUCGUCGGACUGCACAGAAUCUUUAGUUAAAAUUAUGUUUGGUUUAAGAAAAACGAAAAGAUGGGCAAUACAUAUGGUCGACUCUAGUGGUAAACUACCAAGUGGGAUAUUGGAAGGAACAGUUAUGGAUUUCGGUUCGUAUGACGAAUGCCUUAAAAUAAGAUUCAACGAUUCCUCCUUGUCAUUCAGAGGACAAUACUGUAUGGUUGGAUAUUCAUCUCCAUUAAUUAGCCCAUUUUCUCCUAACAGUUCUUCUGGGAAGAAAUACAUCGAUUCCUAUGGGUAUCCUCCAGAAUGGAUAGCUAAGGAGAUCAUUAAUGCUGGAGGUUACUUGAAACGUGUUGCAUUUUGGCUUGGAACAUGUGUUCCAUCCACAUGUUCUCAAGAAGAUAUGACGAAGCUCUUAUCGCAAGUUACAAAGCCAUUAGGGAUGAAAGUAUCUAUCGCUGAUUGCCAGAUUGAAAAACCAAACCCAUGGCCUUACUCUGCAUUCGUAGCUGUAUGUUUUAUGAUGGUUAUUGCUGGUUUAUGCUUUCUGGGAACUACAGCUGAUAUCAUCACAAUUCGUCAACAUUCGUAUUGUCAUUUGGUGAGAUUUUUGAAAGCUUUUUCAAUCUACACAAAUACUGAGAAGUUGAUGAGUAAUAUUCCUGAUGGUGGAGCUUUGGGAUGUUUUCAUGGAAUGAGAUUUCUGUCUUCCACUUGGAUAGUUCUGGGUCAUACUUAUUUUUUUACUGAUACUUGGAAAUAUUUGAAAUAUAGAAACUUAUUAGGAUUUCAAGCAAUCUUUAAUCAUAACUUGCCUCUAGCUAUAAUUGAAAACUUUACUAUACCCGUUGGAUCCUUCUUUUUUAUGAGUGGAUUUUUACUUGUUUACUCUACAUGGAGAAAAUUGGAAAGGAAUAAUGGGAAGCUUAAUUUGAUUAUGUUCUUCAUUCAUAAAUAUUGGAGAAUGACUCCAGCUCUUGUGCUGAUGAUAUUGAUGCUCAUGGCUUUACCACUCAUUAAUGCUGGCCCUCUUUGGAAUUCCACUUUAAAUCCUCCAAUACAAGCAUGCGAGAAGCAUUGGUGGACUAAUAUUUUGUACAUCAACAAUUGGUGGGGAGCUGAGGACUUCUGUGUAAUACAUACUUGGUACUUAGCAGCAUUGAUGCAGUUUCAUCUUGUUGGAGUCAUCGUUUUAUUGAUUUGUUAUAGGUGGAGAAUUAUCGGAACUAUUUUAGGACUCGUAAUCGCUAUUGGAAGCUGCAUUUUAACUUCAUUCAUUGCUGCCUGGAAUGAUUAUCCUAUGCCGGCCCCAGGAUACAUAAAAGAUAUGGACAUUGUUGAUGAUUACAACACAAAGAUAUAUGUAAAAUCAUUCAAUCACACUGUCACUUACUUCAUGGGAAUGCUCACAGCUUAUCUUGUUUUAAAAUACAAAGACAAGAGGAUGGCUACUCGUUAUCAAAUACUUGGAUGGGUUUUAGCUCUUACUAGUUCUUUGUGUUCUAUUUAUGGACUAUAUGGACCAGCAGAUUCGAUCGUUGUCCGAUCAUUUUACAUUGGCUUCCACCGUAUUGGCUGGACUUUUGGUGUUUGCUGGGUUGCUUACUCUUGUAUAACUGGAAAUGGAGGCAUAAUAAACAGAUUCUUAUCCUGGAAACCUUUCAUUCCCUUGGGUCAUCUGAGUUAUUUAGUCUAUCUCAUUCAUCCACUCGUAAUACUUUACAGAACAGCCUCUUUGCGUGAGAGGGUGUAUUAUGGACAUACAGAUCUCGUUUUUGAAUAUUUGGCAUACACACUAGUCAGUUUCUUUUUGGCAUUCAUUGGAUACAUCACAGUAGAAAUGCCAUUCACAAAUCUUGAAGGAAUGAUAUUCAAGACAAGUUCAUCAGUAAAACCAAAUCCAGAUGAUUCCAACCAAAAAGAAAUUUCUCCACCGCAUGUUAAAAAUAUUCCGUAACGAUAUUAACUUAUUUCUUUUUACAUCUGUUAAUUUAUAUCACCAGAGCUGUAGUACAAAGUUCGGAACAUUUUGAAAACACUUUAUCAAAAUUUUGAUUUCUGUUUGUAUAUAUUUAAUAUUACCUCAUACAGGACAAUAUUGUUAAUAGUGAUAUAGCUGGCUAUAUUUUACAUUUUGUUAUUUAUUAAAGUGUUUUGUUGAAUUA